UUUGUUUUGAAGAGCAGCAAUGGUAUAACCACUGAGGGGGUGUUUCUGUCUGUUCAGUUUUGUUUUCAUUUCUACAGAGACGCAACUGCCUCAAGCACGAUGCAAAAAGGCUUUAUGUUUCUACUGAUUAUUUGGAACGCAUCCCCUUUUGCUUCAGGAAACAAGACCAAUCACCUUCCACUCUCACUGGGAUGUCAAGCUGUGAUACCAUGUCAACGUUACAGAGGUCACUCAAACUCUUUCAAAUGGUUUUACAAGAAAGAUACACAUAGUAAGAGAAUCCAGAUAUUUUUUCAAGAUAAGGCAGGACUAAAACGCUAUUACAACCAAUUACGUCCCAGAAUGAAGGCUCUGGGCAAUCGCUCGUUGGUCAUCGAUAAUCUAACAGAGGACGAUCAAGGUCUUUACUGGUGUGAAAACUGUUUUGAAGACAACUGUUUGGAGAACCCCACCACGGUCCUCAGUGUGAAGAAAGAAAUUCUGAAAGAAACCAACAUGACAUUCUACGUUACUGCAGGCAACAAUUUUACUCAUGUGUGUCCCGGAGAAUUUACUAAUUUAAAAUGGACUUUUGAAGCCAGCAAUAUGACUGCACUCAGAGACUCAGUACAAGGACCACAAAGACAGUUUGUUACUUCCAACAAGUCUAUACACAUUGUAAAUAUCAAAAAAGCAGAUGCUGGGAAAUAUACAUGCUGGACAAGUGGAUGUAAUGGACACAGGUGGAAGAUACUCACUAUCAACUUGUGUGUAGUUACAGUAAACCACAGUGAGGAUUCAUCUGUUUCUUGUGCUGUGAUGUGUGACAUGGAAUUCAAUAACAUCAAACCUGCCAGCACAUCAAAUGUGACAGACACAAGGACGGUGUUGAGAGAUCCAUAUGGGUUUUUAAAUUGCAGCACAAGGCAGAUGUUUGAUGGAUGCAGUACAGUUAAGAGCACUCACUUAUGCAAAACAACAGGCACACCUACAGGACAGGAACAUUUGAUUCGUAUUCGUGGAAUAUCAGCAGCUCUUGCAUGCCUUCUGUUAAUGGCCUUCUGUUUAAUUUGCUUCCUCAGUCCUAGAUGGCUGAAAGCGUUUCCUACUCACCUUUGUUGCUGUGGCUUGAAGGGCAGGGUGGAAGAGGAGGCUUCAGUGGUUUAUUUAUCAGUUGUCAUCAGGAGACCUGCUGAGACAACAGACAAUCAUAUGACUUGCAAUGAUUGUGUGUAUAGUGAAGUGGUUCAUAAAUAAUGGUAAUAAUGGCUGGCAUAAUACUACUUCCCACCUUGGCAUAUGACUAAGUAACUGAUACCUCAAAAAAAGACUUGUGUUUCAUGAGAAAAGGUGUUUGUGACUUCACCCACAUGGUUCUGAGGGGAAAUUGUGAUGUAUUAGAUCUUUUAUGACAAGGAAGUUUCCUAACUGAGUGAAGUCGCCCAUGAUAAGAGCUAAAUUAAUUCUCUAUAUAAUAAUAAAACUACU